UUCAAGGCUAUAGAGGUGGUUUCAUUUUCUUAUAGCAUUCAAGCUCGGCACACACCUGCACGAAGACAGGCAGACUAAAUUUCACAGCUUGUCAUGGACUUUGUAGAUCCCAUCCUGUCCAUCGCCUCACACAUCUAUGACCUGGUUGAGAAUGUGAAGGCCAAUAAAAAGCGCUGCCGACGUGUUUGUAACCGAGUCAAAGCCUUGGAGGAGCUGGUGAAGUCCAUCAAACAGACGUCUCCAGAGGUAGAGAAAGCUCUGAGAGAACUGUCCGUCACUCUUCAAUCAGCACAGGAACUUAUCAGAAAAUAUGCCUCAGCCAAUUUGGUGGAACGCAUCCUAAACUCCAGCAACCAUGGAGACGAGUUCAACAGUGUGAACGAACGGCUCAACGAUGCCUUCCAGGUGCUGUCUGGAGCUUUGCAGGUGGAGCAGGGGAACAUGCUGUAUGAGGUAUUUAAACAGACGACCAGAGAGAAAGAAGAUCAGUUGGAUGGGAGGGAGGACGACGCAGAACUGAAGACAUUGCUCCUGGACUACAUGAAGGAUCAGCAAGAGAAAACCAACACCAUGCUGAAACAGUUUGAGCAUCUUAAAGUCAACGUGGAAAAAGUCGUGGAGAUGUUGAAUAAGCCCAGCAUCACUAGUGUGGACAUCCGAAUGAUUAAACCACAGGAGCUAAAGUACGAACAUCCCAAAAAGCCCUUCAUGAAAACAGCAACCUCAGAGGUCUACAAAGGAGAAUAUCAUGGAUUCACAGUUGCCAUCAAGAGAUAUAUCGACCCUGUAAACACCAACCCAGGAAAGGUGCAGUCCAUUUUCAACAAAGAAGUCGACACCAUGAAGAGAUUUGAGUCGCCCAACAUCCUGCGAAUGUUUGGUAUCAGUAUCCUGGGUGAGAAUGGACCCAACCCUCAGUUCUUCAUCAUCAUGGAGUACUGCGAGAAAGGAAGUCUUCGUCAGGUUCUGGACUCUGACUGCAGGCUGUCCUGGAUCAGGAAAGCUCGUAUGUGUUUGGAUGCAGCACAAGGACUCUAUCGACUACACAAUACAGAAGAAAAAUCUAAGGUACACGGGUGCAUCAACAGCAGCAAGUGCUUGGUGGCUGAAGGCUACACCGUCAAGCUCGGAGGUUUUGAGCUGGCAAAAACAGAGACGUCACUGAAAAAGGUGAAGAAAUCUACGAAGGACGACGCAAUCAGGUCCCUGUGCUACUACUCUCCCGAGAGGCUCAACAGCAUCAACCACCCUUACAGCAAAGAGUGUGAGAUGUACAGCUUUGGAAUCGUCCUGUGGGAAGUCGCAACCCGUAAGAAACCCUUUGAAGGUUUUUCAGAUGAAGAAAUUUAUAAGAAGGUGUUUGAAGAGAAGUGCAAAGAGCCGCUUCCCGAUGACUGUCCUGCAGAACUGGGGCAGCUAAUAAACGAGUGCCGAGACUUUGAUAGCUUCCAGAGGCCUUCAGCUGGAGUACUGGUGGAUAGACUGCGCAGUGUGGUGGCACAGUUAGAGGACCAAUGAAACUCUUCAUCUGCCUUUCUGCUGGCCAGGCUCAUCCUCAGGGGAGGAAAUGCAGCUUUGAAUAAAACUGGACUUUAACUUGUGGGCCACUAAAUUGUAUUUAUAUUCUACUGUUAGGGUACCUGGGUCGUUGACCCAGUGGUUUCAGUUUUCAACCUUUUUAUUAGUGUUCUCAUCUUAGUUUAUUUUUGUGAAGGUUUUGGUUUCUGUUUUGCAUUUCUGUUUUUUCCCCAGUUCUUCUUGGUGUGUGUUUAUGUGGUUCUCAAGUUUUGGUUUCCUUACUCCCUCUAUUCUGUGUCCAGUCAGUGUCUGUGUCUGCCCUGGUCCCACGUCUCUGUUCCCUCUGUUGCAGUGCCUGCUUGUGAGUCUGUCUGUAAGUUCAGGCUGUGUUUCCUGUUUUACUUUGAAAGUCCGUGUCUCAUGUUAAUGUGUCUGGUUUUGCUGCCUUUGUCUCUUUAGGCCUGAUUUGCCCCAGCUGUGUUUCCCUCCUGUUUCCCAUUCCCUGAUUGCUCCCUCUGUGUAUUUAAGCCCUGUGUUUCUCUGUGUCCGGGUCGCGAUCUACCCUCAUUUCAUGCUGUGUGUUCCACCCGCCUGCCCGCCCGUUCAGGUUAUUGUAGUGAUGGGUAGAUGAGGCCUCGUGAAGCGUUUCAGCACAUUCCCCAAACUGUAUCGAUACUGUGUCGACACAGUGUUGCUGUUUUGCUCCAUACUGACACCUGCUGGACCUUAAAUAUCAUUGCAGGCAACUUACUUGAGACUCACAACAGACACUGAUUCAAUGACCUAGUCAUACUUGUAUACUCUGUAAGGUAUUGUACUUUCCAUGGAAUCAUUUUAUAUAUUUUACAUUGCAAAUAUUGUAGACAUCUUUAAAUAUAUUGUGAAUCACAU